UUUUCGGCAGACGUCGACAACUCGGAGUACAUGCGAAAUGGUGACUUCCCCCCGGACCGUUUGGAGGCGCAGCAACAGGCAGUGACGCUGAUUGUGCACUGUAAGCUAAAGUCCAAUCCGGAGAACACCGUUGGUCUGCUUGCAAUGGCUGGACACAUCGAAGUACUAACCACGUUGACACAGGACAACAGCAAGAUCUUCAUCAAGCUGCAUCAGCUACGCAUAAAUGGCGAGUCGAAUUUUUUGGCAGGCAUCCGUGUUGCUCACCUCGCUCUCAAACAUCGUCAGAACAGAAAUCACAGAACGCGCAUCGUCGUUUUCGUCGGCAGCCCGAUCAACGGAGACAAAUCUGAGUAUGUGCGUCUGGCCAAGAAACUGAAGAAGGAGAAGGUUAAUGUUGAUGUGAUUUGUUUUGGAGAACAAGAGGAAAAUGCCUCAAUGCUUGUGGAUUUCGUGGAGACGCUUAACGGCGAAGAGGGAACAGGGUCUCAUCUUAUGUUGGUACCUGCGGGAGCCUCGUUACAGGAUGCAUUGAUUAAGAAUCCGAUCAUGCGUUCUGACGACGGUUCGCUUCCUGUGGUGACGGCGAUGCCCGAUGGAGGCUACGAUUUCGGCAUCGACCCGAACGAAGACCCUGAACUGGCCAUGGCAUUGCGGGUCAGUCUGGAGGAGCAGCGCCAGCGUCAGGAACAGACCAUGCAGCAACAAACCGACUCUGCCGCAGCUGACGAACAAGGUACUAAUUGGUUGACCGAGGCCUGUCCUAUGUUUUUGUUUGAUCGUGCCUUUGUUUUCAGAAAAAUUCAUUAA